UAAACCACUUUCCUAAGAAAUUCGUUUUCUUGAAACUCGGACCUGUAAUAGCGCUCAGUCAUAUUCCUGAAUUAAAAUGAGCGAAGUUGGAACCUUAGAAAUAAGCUGGAUUCAAGGAUUUACCAGAGACAAUGUCGAGUUUGUGGAUAAUCAUACAGUGUGUUACGCGUGUGGGAGUCAUAUAUGCUUCCUAAACCUGGAGACAAGAACACGGAGCGUAUUUCAGAGUCCUGGCAGUGGCGUCGGUGCGCUGACAACUAAUGGCAGAAGUGGAAUGUUUGCUUUCUCUGAGAGAGAAUUGAAUCCCUCUAUAUUUGUGUACAGUUUUCCGGAAUUAGAACUGAAGAAUGAACUGAAAGGAAAUACGCCACUGGACUAUACAUCUUUGACAUUAAGUGAUGGAGAACCUUAUUUGGUCUCCUGCUCGUCGCUUCCUGACUACUCCAUCACACUGUGGAACUGGGAAAAGGCUGAGUUGAUCUGUGAACAGCCUCAAGGUGGACAGGAUGUCAUUUAUCUGGAGUUCAACCCUAUAAAUUGCUUCCAGCUGUGUGCUUUGGGCACCACAACCCUCACUGUCUGGAACAUAGAGAAAUGUGGAUCUUUCCAUCUGUUGAUACCAAGUGAAAUAGAGCUUCCAGAAAUCCCGGAUUCCUCUUCAGAGAGAUCAACUCCCACUUCCACAAAGGACCCAAACUGUAUUUCUCAAAUUCUGGCUGCCUUUACAGAGCCUACGGCGGCCACAGUAACACCAUCUACCGUAUGCUGGACAGCCACAUCACAACUUUGUGUGGGCUGUGCUGAAGGCUAUCUCCUUCUUGUUGACCUUCUGACCCUCUCUGUUUCAGUCCUUGUCGACCCUAAAGCUGAUGAUGCCCUUCCUGAACUCAAAGACUUCUAUUUUCAAUCUGUAGCCCUUUUUUGCAAUGGUCUUGUUGCAGUAGGAAAGGAGAGUGUGAUGUACUGUCUGCAGACCAAAGGGACUGAGAUCAGCAUCACACAAACUUGGCAGUUAGAGAGACCUGUUACAUCUGCAGUGGUCUCCCCCAACAACGACACACUGCUUCUGUCCGCCAAUACAGGGCAGAUCUAUUUCCUGGAUGCAGAAAGGUCAAACCAUAUUAAGAAGAUCUUGAAUGUUCUCAGUGGCAACUUUUUGAAAGCUGCUUUCCACUCUGGCAAGAACAUUUGUGUGUCAUUAAGGGAUAGUGGCAUUCUGCAGCUGUGGUCCUCCAAUGGCACCUGCCUCGCCUCCCUGCCCCUAGAAACAGACGUGACUAACAUCACCUGCUGUCCCAUUGCACAUUACGCCGCUGUUGGAACAGCUUCAGGAAAAAUCCUUUUCUUUGACUUCCACGUUGAGAAGCAUCUUCGCCUGGUGAAUGAGAUUUAUCUCUACCACACUGCUGUGGAUGAUCUAGUUUUUGAUCAAGAAGGACGCUACCUUCUCUGCAGUGGAUUGAAUUCACAUCCUUAUGUACUCGAUGGAAGGCCAUCAGCAAAGUUUUCAGUUCUGGGAUACAUCGAGGUUCCUGGCAGAAUUUUGUCACUUUCCACUCACUGCGCCAGCCGUGGUGAGGAUGUGAAAGUUCUUGCACUCUUUGGUUCACAAGAUGACAAAAAGGAUGAGGGGAGCUGGCUGAUGAUGUUUUAUCUACCUUUCAAGGGCACUGGAGGUCUUUUUUAUGCAGACCGCAAUGGUUGUCUGAACAUUCCCAGAGUAUUCAGAUUCAAAGUGCAAGCUCCAUUGAUGUCCUGCGUUCUCGGGGCCGGUGAGGCCUUUGGUUAUUGCCACAGAAAAAAAUCUCUUCAGCGAUUUCAGUUUCCUGAGGACACAUUUGGUCUCUCCAGCAAAAAGAAGAUCAACCUAAACCCAAAGAAUGAAGUUAAUUAUCAGCUGCCUGGCCGUGCCACUCUCUUUCUGUCUCCUGACUGCAUGUUGCUCGCCUCUGUGGGACGACAAGGCAUACUUCAGCUCAGACCAACCUCCUCUAUGGAGCUCUGCUGUGAGCUGCGGUGUCAUUCAAGACGCCUCGGUGGAAUGCGGAGUGUGUCCUUCUCCACAAACAGUCACACGGUCGUCACUACUGGCGUAGACGAUGGCUCCCUCCUCUGCACUAACAUCAUAGUUGAAGAUGCAUAUAUACCUCCUUUCCAAACCCGCCACAUUAGGUCUCAGUCCUUAAUGACUUCAUUCAUGUCUGAAAACCCCGCUCUGAUUAACUUUCCUACGUGGGACCAGGAGACUCCAGAUAACGGCGAGAAAACAGAGGAAACUGAGUUCAGCCGUGCAGCAUCAAUUGAUGUGCUAGAGGAAGAUGAGCUUUAUAUCCCCCCUGCUUCAACCUCCACGUGGUUGGAAAAAAGACACGAAGAAAUUGCGAAGGAAGAUGAAAUAAAGUAUGCAGAAACUAAGAAAGGCCUAAGAGAAACCAUGACAGAGUUACGGGAGAUUGUUCAGGAAAUGCUGCUCGAGAAUGAAACCCUCCCAGUAAAACUGUUUAACUUAGAUGUGGAGGAGCAGAAGAGACUGGACGCCAUGGUGGAGGAGGAAGCCCAGAGGGUGAAGGCCGAAAUUGAGCAGGACAUUCUAGAAAAGCAGUACCAAAGAGACGUCCUGAAGAGAGAAUGCUGGGAUUCUAUGCUGAUCAAACCCCGGAGCAUCAACGCGUUCCACUCUAAGUUAGCCGUGCAGAACUAUCCCCUCAAAGUGCGAACAGAGAAGGAGUUGGAGGACAUCCGCAGGGUUCAAAAUAUGAGGACGAUCGAAAAAGCUGCAGGCAUACUGAUCGGCCUGACGAACAGCAGCAGUGAACCAGAGGAAGGCCAAGUGGCAGAGGGUGCAGACACUGUAGGACUCUCAGCUCUGUUAGCCCAAGCCAACAGUUACCUCUACAACCAGUUCAGCAUGCAAACUGUCGAACAGCGGAUCAACCAGAUCAUACUGUUACAGGAUUUGAUUUAUGGUAUCAAGAUGGCCUUCAACUCCGACUUCGAAGCCCUGUUCAAGCGGAAACUGAAAGAGAUCAAACUUGUGGUGGACAUGAACAAAAACAUCAGGGACAUCAUGCUGGAGCUGAACAUCAAUCAGACGCUGUGGGAGCCCACCCUGACCGACAUGGAGUGGCCAGAGAGGCUGUUCAUCGUGGAGGACUCUGAGAUUAAAGCGGAGAAAUACCUCACCCCAGAGCAGAAGGCAGAGGAGGAGAGACUUAGGUUGGAGAGGGAGGCCCGCCUGGCUGCACACAAAGACGACAGCAGAGAGAGAGCUCUUAAUGACAUGAUGGACGGAGUCCUGGAAGUGAAAAAAGUGGACAUUUUAAAAGUGGAAAUAUUUCCUCCUGAGUUUUCUCUGACCAAACCUCCCAUUCAGUGGAACGAAGACGAGAAGAAAGCCUUCAAAGAAUAUGAAAAGAACCUUAAAGAUCUCAUUGAGGAGAAGGAGAAAUAUAAACGGGGAUUGGAAUUUGAGAUGAAAAAGCUGCAGGAAAUCAGCAAAGAGUCAACGGAAAAGUUUGACGAGUCACUGACAAAGCUGUUUGAGAAGAAAUUAAAAUUCACAGCUGCUAUAUAUCAGGAAGAGCUGAAGAUCAGCUAUCUUGCCGAAUCAGUGCACGCGGUUGAGGCGAUGAGCCAUCAAGAGUAUGAGCUCAAGCUCCAACUUGAACAACUGCUGGCACAAAAGGUAAACACGGAGAAAGACUUGGGUGGAUACAAGGACACGGUGGAACAGUUUCAGUUCGACUAUGAGAACACUGUAGCUGAAGACAAAAAUCUCGACAAAGAAUUCCGGAAAGAGUUUGCUGAUCUACCAAAGUUUCUGACUGACCAACUUUACAAACAGUUCAAGCGUAGGCCCAGGAUUCAGAAGUUGAAGUCGCCGUCUACAGAUUCCUCCAACGUGUUCAAGCCGCUUCGUCUGAGCACCCCCACUCCUGACGGACUCAGCCAGAUACUCGCCGCCAUGGAGGAGAUGGACGCUCCAGAAAACAUGCCAAAAGGACUGACCCUGCCCGCCUGGGAGAGAUUUUGUGUUGUGCGCAAAACAAAAAUAGAGUUCGAACAAAAGAUAAAAGUCAAAGUUAUGGAGCUUGCUGAGAUGCAGGCCUUUCUGGAGAGACGGAUAAAUGAAGAUAAUGCUGCCCAAGAAGAAAUUAAGCAGCAUUUUGAAGACCUCCGAAGCCUGAGGAACAGGAGGAACCAGUAUCUCAUGAACCCUACCAUCCAGGUCGUCCUGCCACAGGGACAGGUGGAGACGUCCACCAUAGAUCUGGCAGCUGAAACAACCGAGACUGACUUCAUCCUUCUCAACAGAAAGGUGGUGGAUGACGUCAAAGAGAAGAUCAGGAAAGUUGCAGAGCAGAAGAUUUCCUACAUGGAGGCGCACGGCGCGGUCCGAAAAGAAAUAAUCCAGCUGGAGUGGGAGCACCGGGUGUUGGACAAGAAGAUAGAGGACUUACAUGAAAAGAAGAGAGAGAUCAAGAUGCUUCGGCUCUCAAAGGAAGAUAUGGAAUGUAUCGGCAUGAAGGAUCCGACCGCUCACGAGUUGGAGAAAAUUUCUAAGCUGGAGAAAAGUAUUGCUUUCAUGAAACAGACCCAUAAAAGGGCCAUUCACCGGCGAAUGAAAAAGGUAAAACAGAUUAACAAAAAGAUAUCAAUGAUAGCAGACAGCAGUGUUGCUAUACAGAAGGAGCUUCCUGAGAUACAGGCUUCUGUGGCAGAGCUGAGACACAUUUAUGAAGCCUCAGCUACCGAGGCAAAUGAGACAGUGGCAAGAGAAGAGCGCUACCAGGAGAUUGUUGAAAGGCGCAACCUGAGGGACCUCGCUAGGGCUAAGUCGGACGAACUGGACCUCCUCCGGAAAGAAGUUGAGCGUCUGGAAAGGAGAAAUUUUCCCUCACUCGAUCAGCUGAAAUACAACUAGUGCCCAACAAGUUCAUUUAUUUAUACAUUGAUUUGCUAACAACUAAUGAACAAGUUCAUUUAUUUAUACAUUGAUUUGCUAACAACUAAUGAACAAGUUCAUUUAUUUAUACGUUGAUUUGCUAACAACUAAUGAACAACAAGUUUAUUUAAAUAUAUAUAUUGAUUUGCUAACAGAAUAUUUAGUGUUAUUUUUGCUGUGAACAAGAACAAGCACUAAGAAUAAAUAAGAUGAAUUGUG